AUGAGAUCACGCAACAGCCUCGCCUUCUUGCGCACAGAGACAAUCAUUGAUGAGCAGGAAGGUGAGGUAACAGAGAGAAGAGAAGAAGCCUCAAAAUUCUUCCACGAGUCGCUGAGUUGCUUCCAAAUAUGUCUGACAAAGCAGGAAGAACAAUACACGCUCACGCAGCAGGCUUUUUCAUCCCCAGUGACAUCUGCGGCCAGUGAUGAGAAUCAUGAAGAGCAGCAUCUAGAUGAGGAUACCGACGCCCAGGAUGCACAACCAGAUAGCUGGUAUUCUGUCGAGGAGCCGGUGACCAUAGAGACUCUCCUGGACACCUGCAAGGCGCAGCUUGAAACCUUGAAGGCUCUCUGCAGCGUCCAGUCAGGCAGUAGUAGGAAGGAGGUACGCCUUAUAGAGUCGAGCUAUCUGGAUUACCUCGAACCGAAGAUUCUGAAGUAUUCGUCAAAUUCCGAGAAGGAAGCGGAGAUUUCAGUGAUACGAACAGCAUUUGUUGCCGCCCUUGCAUGUGCACGAUUCCGGACCUCAACCACCAAUCUUGAAGUUUUUGAGCACGAAUUCAAUCAGGCCAUCGGAGAGGUAGAACACUCGCCAGGGUUGAACGCUGAUGUCCAGUAUCUCUCGAUAGUAGCCGACGCAAACAUUGAUUUUGACGCUGCUGUUGAGGAGCGGUUGCUGCAUUCGGCAAUCCCCAGUGAGGGGCUGGAAACGGUGAAUCGCUUGCGGUGGAAGCAUAUCACUAAAAGCUUAGAUGAGUACACGAAUGCAUCGAGGCUCCACCGAUUACCAAAUCUUGCUCGCAUUCACCUUUCUCGAGGCGACUGUGAGCUCCUCAGAGCCCGUUUAGCCGAUGAGCCGUUCAAUUACGCCCUGGCCAGCCAGAGCCGGACGACACUGAUCCAAAACGCUGCUGUCUUUUAUGGAGCCGCUGACAAGGUUAUGUCGAACGAUCUUUCUGAUCCAGAAGAUAUGGACGACAAAAUAGAAGUAGGGGUAAAGUUGGCUCUGGUUGCGGGCUUACAAGGCCGACCUGAAGAUUUGCUUGCCCUUCUGCAGGGCAAGCCGCUUGAUACAAGACAAAAGUUGCAGAGCAUGAAAGAACAACGACUUUUAAGUCAAAAGACCUGGUCUAGCAUCGAAGAGAUUCUCAAUCCAGCCGUUGGUUUUUAG